UAGCUGGAGUUGACAGAAUAGAGCUGCAGCUUUUCGCAAAUGAUGGCACCAGCUAAUUAAGUAGUGUGCAGGUACAUGUUUGUUUUAAGAACAUCGAUAAGAGGAAGCUAGUAUUUGCAUUUGGGAUCUGGUGUUUAUUCUGCUCCCGGAAAGGCUUUGUAAAGAAGGACCUACUGUUGAUUCACUGAAGUAACAUCCAGUGUUCUGGCUGGUUUUAUGGAGAGUGAGUUUGGGGGAAACUGAACUGAUGGAGACAAGCAGCCUUCAAGCCAACUGUUCUAGUCAAGGGAACACAAGCCUCCCCAUUCCACCUUAUGUGGAACGCUUCCAAUUUGCUAUAUACAUUCCCACAUUCAUCCUGGGAUUGCUGUUCAACGGAAUGGCGAUGUGGUUUGCCUGCCGCAAGAUCAGGCAAUGGACAGAACCCAUUAUCUACAUGGCAUCACUGAUGGUUUUUGAUACCUUGAUGCUCUUUGCUCUUCCCUUUAAGAUAAUUUCCUAUCACAAAAGCGAGUGGGAUCUCGGCGGUGCCUUUUGCUCCUUCCUGGAAAGCUUGUAUUUUGUGAACAUGUACGGAAGCAUCUUAACCUCCACAUGCAUAUGUGUGGAUAGAUACAUUGCUAUAUUGCACCCCUUUGUCGCCAUGACCCUAAGAUCUCCCAAGAAAGCAGCCACAACUUGUCUUGUCAUCUCAGCUGGGGUGUGGGCAGGAACUGCAUAUACGUAUCAACUUCACCAACAUGGAGGCCCCUGCUUCUACGGCUUUUCCGGAAGUAUUUGGAAAAACACCAUCUUGUUUGCCACCCUGGAAACAGCUUUUCUCAUUUGCAUGACAGCUAUGAUCUUCUGCACAGUCCGGAUCAUUGUAUGCCUGCGAAGGAACCAAACGCCUGGUGAGCCCCUCACAAACAGGAGCAAAUCCAUCAAUAUAAUCACAGCAAACCUGACUACGUUUCUCGUCUGCUUCACCCCUUUGCAUGUGGCCCUGGUGUUAUAUUAUCUUGUGAAGAACCAAAUACUGGAUGAUUGCCAGCAGAUGAUUCGCUCAUUUGUUCAGAUCAGCCUGUGCUGGGCUAAUCUCAACUGCUUCCUGGAUGGUAUCUGCUACUAUUUCGUCUUAAAGGAGUUUAUGAAAUUUGCCUCAACAGAGAAGAAUACACAAGCAAGUACCAUUGACUAAAGUGUUCGAUGAGCAGCCAUUUUGGAUGUGCUGUUGUGAAACGGAAAUUUCUCCCCUUGGAACAAUUUUGCUGAAGUGUGCUUAAAUUCAUGUCAUAUGAUGUUAAUUAUAAGCUACCUUGAGAAAACUGUGUUUUGAAAAGUGGCAUUUCAGUUCCUAAAUAAAUAAAACAAACUGUGUGAGAGGGACAUCCAGACUUGUGUGCACCAAUUAAAUCACAUUAUGUUCAGAAUUUCCUGGAAAUCAAACCAGAGCCCACAAUGAGGACUAUGGUAAGGUAGCAGUUGUCCCCAAACCCAUACAGUAUUUGAGUUUACAGGCAACUGAUUUCUCUAUUAUUGUACUGGUUUUUGUCAUUUAAUAUUGAUAUAAAUCCAUUGGCUGUAAUGAUGUUACUCCCGUGUUUUUACCAGUAAAAUGAAUAGCACAGCCAAUUCUGGUGCAGUUUUCUGCAUUUCAUCAAGCUUUUUCUUACGUUGCAAAAUUGUAAUGCUUUGGACAGGAAGAUGCAUGGUGGGCUUUAUGCUUGCAGAACAUUUACUUUACUUGGAAAUAUGAUUCAGCAGCUUCCAUUCUCUUUUGGUUUGCGAGCUUUGGUUUCAUAAUUACAAGACGGAAAGACUGAUGUUAGAGAAGGCCUCUCAGGGAACUCAAAAGUCUGC